AUGGCAUCACCAGCUGUCUUGAGCCCACGACCGAAUCCGCCUGGAGCGCCAUUUCAGGAUGCGACCAAGGCCAGAACACUCGCGCUCCCAAGCCACACCACGAAGCCUACAAAGUCACCCGUGGUGCCACCGACGGCCCCAUUAGCAGGAGACAGCGGCAUGGACCUCGCAGAGCAGAUGAAUGAUCGGAUCCGCAACCAGUUCGUCAUGGGCAAGAAACUAGGAGAAGGUACAUAUGCGGUAGUCUUUCAGGCCCACUACGUCAACAACCCCAAGAAGCUCGUCGCAAUCAAGAAGAUCAAGCUCAACGCCGAGUACCCCAACGGAAUCGCCCCCGACGCCCUUCGCGAAAUGCAGUUCCUCUUUGAAAUAAAUCACCCCAACGUCAUCAAACUACACGACGUAUUUUCAAGCAAAGAUCAAAACCUGUCCUUCGUACUCGAACAUUUGCCUCUGGGAGACUUGGAGCAGCUAUGGAAGAAUAAGGAGAUCACAUAUACAAAGGCAGACAUUAAAUCUUGGAUGAACAUGCUGUGUCAGGGAAUCUGGUUCUGCCACGAGAACUUUGUUCUGCAUCGCGAUAUCAAGGGUAGCAACGCCUUGAUCGCCGCUGACGGAACCGUCAAGCUUGCUGAUUUCGGUCUUGCGCGGAGUUUCGCCGAUCCGGGAACGAAGAUGACUACCAUGGUCAUUACACGCAUGUACCGUCCAUUGGAGUUGCUAUAUGGUUGUUCACAUUAUGGUGGCACGGCCGAUAUGUGGAGUAUCGGUGUCUUGAUGGCGGAACUGUGCAUUCGCAACUGGUUUCUCUAUUCCGACACGGAUAUUCAACAAGUCGCCGUUAUCUGCGAGAAGUUUGGAACGCCGACCGAAGAGACAUGGCCGGGUGUUUCUUCACUCCCGUACUAUGUCGCGCCCGACAAACAAACCGGCCCACAAGGCUCUACAGCUUUCAGGCAGAUACGUCCUCGUGUUUGGUGGAAACAACAGUUCUCCACAUUGGGAGAUGACGGAUGCGAUUUCAUCAGAGGCCUAUUGACCUUGGACCCAAUGAAGAGGUACACUGCCCGGAAAGCGCUAGAGGAUAAAUGGUGGACCAACGCACCCCGGCCCACGAAGAAAGAAAACUUACCUAAAGAAGGCGGUGGGGCAAAGGCUAUGGGCGAGGAUCUGAAGCGGAGAGGAGGAGAAACACCUACCAAUGGUCGCGCGGACAAGGUAGCAAGAAAGCUUGACUUUGGCUCCAUGGGGUAG